CUCCUCACUUGCGCAGGUAGGCAGGAGGAACCUGCAGCUCGCUCCGUCUCUCCUUCAGUCUCUCACUGCUCUGUGUGUGUGUCUGUGCAUCAUGUCACUCGGUUUCAACUCCUUCGCCAGCUUGAGCAUGCCCAGCUCCUCGCGAGUGUCCGUCACUGCGGCGGACAGCAGGGAGAGCAUGAGGGGGCUGAACACGCGCCUGGCCGAUUACCUGGCCCAGGUGAGAACUCUGCAGGAGGCCAACAGCAAACUGGAGGCGCAGAUCAGAGAGAGAGUGAGCAGCAGGGGCUCGGAGGAGAGAGACUGGACACAGUACGACAAAACCAUAGCACACCUGAGGGGACAGCUGAGAGAGCUGAACAUGGACAAUGCCCGACUCAUGCUACAGAUCGAUAAUGCCAGACUGGCUGCUGACGACUUCAAAGUCAAGUUUGAGGCAGAGCAUGCCAUGCGGCAGGGUGUGGACCAGGACGUUGCGAACCUCCGAAAGAUGAUCGACGACACGCACAUGAGUCGCAUGCAGCUGGAGAGUGAGAUCGAGUCUCUGAAAGAGGAGCUGAUCUUCCUUAAUAAAAAUCACGAAGAGGACGUGGCUAACCUGAAAGGCCAGAUCAGAGGCUCCAGUGUGGAUGUGCAGAUGGAGGCGAGGAGAGGAGAUGACCUCAGCGAGACAAUCGACAAAAUCCGCCAACAGUAUGAAAAGGCUAUGCAAAAGAGCCGCGAGGAGUCCGAGGCCUGGUACCAAGCCAAGUUUGACAGCAUGACGGCUGAGGCGAGCAAAAGCACAGAGACGAUCCAGCAGGGGAAGAGCGAGGUGAACGACCUGCGCAGGCAGAAACAGAUGCUGGAGAUCGACCUCCAGGCCCUGCGGAGCAUGAACCACUCACUGGAAGACAACUUGAAGGACACGGCAGGGCGUUGCGCCCAGGAGAUGAACCAUCACAACGCCACCAUCCAGCAGCUGGAGGCAGAGCUGGGGGACGUUCACGCCCAGGUGGGGCGGCAGGGCGCAGAGUACCAGGCUCUGCUGAACAUUAAGAUUAAACUGGAGGAGGAGAUCGCCACCUAUCAGCACCUUCUGGAAGGUACAGGUGUGGAUGACAGCAUCAGGGACACCGGCAAUCGUUCAGGCGGCAACAUCAGAGGUGCGGGAGCUGGCGCACGUGAGGAUGUCAAGGGCACUGGCACACGCGAUGUCAAUGUCAAGGGCACUGGCACACGCGAUGAUGUCAAUGUCAAGGGAACUGGCGCACGUGAAGAUGUCAACAUCAAGGGCCCUGGCACACGUGAAGAUGUGAAGGUCAAGGGAACUGGCGCACGUGAAGAUGUCAACAUCAAGGGCCCUGGCACACGUGAUGAUGUCAGUGUCAAGGGAACUGGCGCACGUGAAGAUGUCAACAUCAAGGGCCCUGGCGCACGUGACAAUGUCAAGGACAACGGUGCACCUGAAGAUCCCAACAGCCAUGUCAGGGACACCACAGUGCCUGAGGAUGACCUUGUGGAGUUUUCUCUGGAGCAGGCUCUGAACGCCGCGCCCCCUGUUCCAACUCCUGACCAAAUACACAUAAUCAGUGAGGAGAUCCAGGAAGGAGAGGUGGUGUCUCGCAGUGAGCUGAAGCUGAGUGCUGCUAACGGCACAGUGGAGGAUGAAGAGGAGGACAGAGGAAGAGACGGCGUAGAGGAGGAAGCAGUAGUUCCAGAGGAGGUGCCCCCUAGCAGGAGCACUGUGGAGGAUGCAGGGGGAGACGUGGGGGUGAAACAGGAAGAGGCAAAACCAGUAGCAGAGGAGAAAAAAGAAGAAGCAGAACAAAAGAUAGAGGUGAAACCAGCAGGGGAGGAGAAAAAAGAAGUACCACAGAAGAUAGAGGAGAAACCAGCAGCACAGGUGAAACCAGCAGUGGAGGUGAAGAAAGAAGAUCUAGAACAGAAGGUAGAGGAGAAACCAACAGUGGGGGAGAACAAAGAAGCAGCAGAACAAAAGAUAGAGGUAAAACCAGCAGGGGAGGAGAAAACAGAAGUACCACAGAAGAUAGAGGAGAAACCAGCAGGGGAGGAGAAGAAAGAAGAUCCAGAACAGAAGGUAGAGGUGAAACCAGCUGCGGAGGAGAACAAAGAAGCAGCCAAACAGAAGACGGAGGAGAAACAACAGGACCCGGGACAGGAAGCAGAGAAGAAACAUGAAGACGUGGUUAGGCAGGACGGGGAGGUGCUGGAGGAGUUGGAGGUGAAGCCUGUACUGAAUGAGGAGGAGCAGAAGGAGUGACUUUCCACUGCCUGCAGGUCUUUAACUGCUGCUCCGGGGUAUCCACUCAUCUCUAUGCAGCCUGUCAAAAGUUUGGGGACACCAGCUUUUAAAAAAUGUUCUUAAUACCUGAGUUUCCUUUCUUUGCCAGCUUACAGUAACUUUUUUGUCUCGCAAAACCGAAACACAGCUGAUAAAAAGCCCUGAUUUAGGAAUAAAGCCAUAGGCCAUGCGUUGCGUCUCCUUGCUGUGAUGUCAGCAGUCAAAUCUUUCAGACGUUUAAACCAUCUGUGGCCCAAAAGAGUCAAUAUGUGCUUUUAAAGCGUCCAUAUCCGACAUUUUUUAGGCCCAAGUCCGUUUUAGAGCUACGUCUGACAUUUGUGUGGGUUUAUGUGCCACUUCUGUUCUGAUUAUAUUGAGCCUCACUCCUUAUAACUUCAGUGUCAGUGGGCGGAGCUAAACUGCUGCUGACUGAAUAGGUGGAUAUAUGUAAAAGAAUUGUUUUUUUUUUUUGCGACUCCACAAAAACAAUAAAUUCUAAACAGGCUGUUUGUGCAGCUGAUAUAGUUUCCAUAUAUACAGCCGCGUGCAAAAAUUUGAACACCCCUAAACAAAUGUUUUUAUUGAUUUUCUAAGUGAAAAUAACUCAUUCUUUAACGUGAAUGAACUUAAGUGUGGCAUUUUUCAGCAUAUUUUAGUGCACGGUUUUUAGUUUAAUUUUGAGUUUAACAUAUUGGAGGGAAAAAAAGCAUAAAAUGGUAUGGAAAAACUGCAAUGUGGGAGGCAGACCAUGCCUAAAACACCACCAUCUUCCAAUCAAACACCCUAUAAAUUCCCGUCUUUACCUUUCGUUUCCUGUGCACAAUGUUUUCACAAUGUCCGUGAGGGAGAUGCUAUGGACAUUAGCACUGAAUAAGUGACUCCUCAGCAAGAGGAGAGAGAAGUGCAUGCUUGGAAGAUCCACAGGUGGACUGGAAGAUGUGUGGAGAGUCAGGCAUCGGCAGGUGGGACAGCAAGGAGGGGCAGUAGCGCCGUCCUCCCACAUACUACCACCAUAUGUUGAAGGCACAGUCUGAAAAAUAUGCUUAAAUUCAACAAACAGUGAUUGUGCAGUAAAAUGUGUUCACUGUAGAGGGUGUGUUCACUUAUUCUCACUUAGAAAAUCAACAGAACAUGGAAUUUGACCAGAGGUGCCCAAACUUUUGUAUACAACUCUGCAUACAUGGACUGUAUGGACUGCAGAGUGAACAAUAUGUUUGAAAACUCUGAUGAUGUUUACGUUCUACACCAAAGGUUUUUUCCAUGGUAUGGACCCCUUAACAGUAAUUUGUAACAGUCAUUAUUAUUUAGGCAAAAGCUGCUCUUCAUUCCAAGGAAGACACUUCAGUAAUGAGCACUGAAGAUAAAUAUACACUAUAUGGACAAAAGUAUUGG